AGCGCACAGCACAGCUAUUGAGUGCUACGGCGGUCAAGGCGAGACAUGGCCACCAAACCAGUGUGCCUGAGCGACUAUGAGCAGUACGCACAGCAGGUUCUCCCCAAAGCUGUGUUCGAUUACUAUUGUUCGGGGGCAGAUGAUCAGCAGACGCUAGCUGACAAUGUGGCUGCCUUCUCCAGGUUGUGCCUCCGCCCACGUGUCCUCAGGGAUGUGUCCAACAUAGAUUUGUCGGUGACCGUCCUGGGCCAGAAUAUCAGCAUGCCGAUCUGUGUGUCUGCCACUGCCAUGCAGAGGAUGGCACAUCCUGAAGGAGAAGUUGCAACCGUCAAAGCCUGCAGUGCUCAGGGCACGGGAAUGAUGCUGAGCACAUGGGCCACAUCCACUAUCGAGGAGGUAGCGGAGGCUUCGCCAGGUGCCACCCGCUGGUUACAGCUGUACAUCUACAGGGAUCGGGACGUGACCGAGUCCCUGGUGCGCCGCGCGGAGGAGGCCGGCUAUCAGGGCAUCUUUCUGACCGUGGACACUCCUUACCUGGGCAAACGUCUUGCUGAUAUGCGCAACAAAUUCAAACUACCAUCUCACCUCAGGAUGGCAAACUUUGAGACACCUGAGUUGGCGUUUGCCAAAAGCGACUAUGGAUCGGCCAGUGGCUUGGCCGGCUACACAGCGGAUGCUAUUGACCCCUCAAUAAAAUGGGAAGACAUCGACUGGCUGAGAGAUCUCACCAAACUGCCCAUCGUUCUCAAAGGUAUCUUGAGAGCUGACGAUGCCAGAGCAGCUGUGAAGCACGGAGUUGAUGGUAUCCUUGUGUCAAACCAUGGAGCGAGGCAACUGGACUGUGUGCCGGCAACUAUCGAUGCUCUGGUUGAAAUCGCUGAGGCAGUGGGUGGAUCGGCUGAGGUGUUCCUGGACGGAGGUGUGAGGAAAGGCACUGAUGUUCUGAAGGCUCUCGCUCUGGGUGCAAAGGCUGUGUUUGUUGGAAGGCCAGUCCUGUGGGGGUUAGCCUACCAGGGAGAAGAAGGGGUCAACGAUGUCCUGCAGAUGCUGAGAGAAGAGUUCAAGUUAGCAUCAGCUCUUGCAGGGUGUCGCAACGUGAGAGAGAUUGACAGGUCGGUCGUGCGAUCUCGUUCCUGGACAGCCUCCCGCUUCUGAGAUCCUUUCCUCAACAGUGAAGAGACACAGAGAACAGUUACUACUUCAAGUGCCCUUCGCAUUCACUCUCAUAUACAAUAAUAAAUAAUCAUCCCCACAUUUGAUACAGCGCCUAUCA